UUAAGGGGAUUUAUUAAUCUUUAAUCGAAAUAAUAACGAUAAUUUUUAGAAAUCGCCUCUUUUUGUUCCGUCUCCGUCUUCUCUCUCCUCUCUCUCUCUUCCGCUCCGCGAUGGUGGAGGAAUCCUGCACUGAGAAAGCGGCGGGGGCUUCUGCGGGCGGCGAUUUCGUCAUCCGCCACUGGCGAUCGAACUCCUCUCCCGCCAGGGACCACUCCCGCCUGCCUUUGCAGGCGCCGGCCCGCCCCGAUCCAUUCGACGUCGGUCUCCCCUCCCCCAACGGCGCCCUCGGCGCCGAUUCGGAUCGCCCACUCCAGGCGGGCGGCGUCGCGGGGUACACCAGCCUCCGGGACCUCAUCUGCCUGCAGCGGGGAUGGCCCGAAGCGGUCCUCUCGACGUACGCCCCCGGCGGCGGAGGCGGAGGGGAGAUCCGGAUCAGGAACCGCCUCGUGAAGCAGGCGGCGCACGCGUACCUCCAGCCGACGCCGUCGGGAGCCGAAUACUGUUUCCGGAGACGGCGCAACGGUACUCUCCGGCGGGCGCUUGCCGUCCUCACCUGCGGCCUCGCCGUGGAGCCGCUCGAUGCCUGCAUCGCCUUCCUCCGCCACCUCUUCCACCGCACGCGGCCAUGACGGCUCUUCUUAACGGCGUCGCCAACAAAAGUCAGGAUGCCAUCAGGUUUUCUUAAAUUAUUUUUUUUCAAAAACACUUUUAUUUUAUUUUUAUUUUUACUUAACCAUUUUGUACACAAACAAGUUUUUUUUUUAGGAAAAAAAGAAAGAUAACAACGUUUUGACAUUUUUUUUAAAAAAAAAGUCUUGAUAUUUUUUUUUGUGUGCACUACUGGUUAGGGAUCAUCACGGAUCGAGUUAGUUUGAUUAUUAAGGUAAAAAAUUAUCCGAUCCUACUAAAUCAGAUAAUGUAAAAUCAGGACCUACAUCCGGCCCUAUAUCCGGUGGUUCUUAUGUUUCAGAUAUCCGAUGAG